AUGGCUCCAGCACUGACCACAGCUAAGCGACCGUACGAUCCCGUCGAAGAAUCGGCAAGAACAGCUUCCAAAAGACAUUGUGGAGACCCCACCGAACCGCAGCUCAGAUCGCCCAGUGAUUCCUCCGCAGAGCCGUCAUUAAAUCGACCGAAAGACCAGGAUACCGAAAAAAUAGAAGAAGACAAACGCUUACUCGACACUAUCCGAUUUCUCGAGGAGUGGCGGGACACCUAUGGCAAUGACUCCGAACCUAGGUCCGCCAAAUGUGCUGGAGGCCCUUUGGCGGGGCGAUACGACUAUCGCCGCUGGGCUAGCGAAAUGAAAGAUGUGUUCAUUGCCAACGGAGUGAUGGAGGUUAUAGAGGGCAAGCUGAUUAGCCAGCCCCCAGGCUCCCCCUUGCGGGAUGAUUUUCUCCGCGUGGAAGCGAUCGCCAGGCAUCUCCUUGGGAUAAACGUGACUGAAUCUAAUCGCGCACUUCUUUGGCAAUCGAGAUGUCCAUAUGAAUUUUGGGACAAGCUUCGAAAAACAUAUCAGCUGUCGCCCUUCGAGCUGUCUUUAGAGGGUUGGAGUCUCAUGAAAGAAAAGAAGAUCAGCCAGUUCUCCUCAGCACUGGAGUACACUUCAGCUUUGAGUGAUGCCUGGCGACAAGUUUGCAUGGAUCGAGAUGAUAUGUUUCAACAAACUCAGCCUAUACUCUGCACUGCUCUACUGCACGGUCUGGAUGGGCUCCAGUGGUCACUAUGGAAAAACAACCUCGUGAGUGGUGGAAAUCUUGAAUCUGACUUCGAAACGCUUGCGGGAAAAGUGAGAGAAUCAGACCCACUCAUGAGAGGGAAGUCCAAGCAACAGAGGCCUAUGUUGAAAUGA